CUUUGCCGUUGCCCGAAACCCGAAACGACGAACGUGAAGUCAACUGGAAGAAUAUGACGUCGUCCUUCGGGAUAAUAAACGUCAUGAAGGUCAUGAAGGUCAUGAAGGAGCUCUUUGGAUCCUUCCUUCCUCGCAGAGGGUUGUGGAAGCCAGUUAAACCUCUUUCCGGCUCUCCAUCUCCCUCUUUCUUUCCGAGACAAUCCUGUUGUUUGCACCUAUCAACCAACAUAUUUCAUCACCGGCUGAAUAUCGUGCCUUCCUCAAACGUCCUCUACAAACCACUUAUAGUCUCCUCCUAACAUUGACAAGCCCACCACCUCCAAUCCCAUUCCCAAUGUUUUCUCUCCGAACCAUCGCCAUCAGCCAACGCAGGCUAGCCUCCAGACCCCAGAACCUCAACGCACUCCGCUUCGACAAGCGCGCCUUCAGCUCAACCGCCGCCAAGACGACUUCCAUCUCAGACGCCAUCAUCAAGGACCACCGCGAGCUCGAACAAUACUACAACGAGGUCAUCAACAGCAACAACCAUGACCACCAGCAGCGCUUCGGCAACCAGUUCACCUGGGAGCUCGCCCGCCACUCCGUCGGCGAAGAGCUCGUCGUCUACCCUGCCUUUGAGAAGCACAUGGGCGCCCAGGGCAAGGAGAUGGCCGACCACGACCGCAAGGAGCAUCACCGCGUCAAGGAGCUUCUCAAGGAAUUCCAGAACAUGAAGGCCGAGGACCCCGCCUACGUCCCCAAGCUGAAGGAGCUCUGGUCCGUCCUCUCCGAGCACAUCAAGGAGGAGGAGGAGAAGGACCUGCCUUCCCUCGAGCAGGCCCUGAGCUCCGCCAGCGGCCAGUCCGAGUCCAUGGCCAAGAGCUUCGGCCACACCAAGGCCUUCGUCCCCAGCCGCAGUCAUCCCUCCGCUGGCGAGAACCCUCCCUUCGAGACCGUCAUGGGCUUGAUGACCGCGCCCAUCGACCAUCUUGCCGACCUCUUCAGGAAGUUCCCCGACAAGACCAUCUCGCCGAACCCUUCUACCAAGUGAGCGGUGUUGUCCAUGUGAGGGAGGAAUGAGAUGGCUGAUUGCAGGGAAUGAUUCGUCGCCGCCCGGAAGUUUAGGACGCUAUAUGUUAUAGUAUGUAAUAGAGAGGUGAACUGUACAGUAAGGCAUGAAAACAUAACGAUUUACGCCGUU